GGCAAAGCCCUCGUUGAACUAGUUCCUUGGACUUCUGUGGUUCUGCCUAAGAGUGGGAUGGCAGCAGUAAGCAGGACUCUGGGUUUGCUGCGUCAGGAUGCCAUGCACAGGUUACUCCCCAUUGCUUGCAAUCUGCAUACAUCCCUCAGCCAACAUAACUCCAACAGGACAUCCAUCGCCCGCAUUCAGAGGCAGACGUACGGCAGGACCUACCCAGUGCUCUUGAUCAGGCCUGAUGGAUCUGCUAUUCAUAUCCGCUAUAAGGAGCCAAGGCGGAUCCUUACAAUGCCUGUAGACAUCAACACUCUUUCUGAGGCUGAAAGAAGAGCGAGGUUACGGAAACGCUAUCCCAAAAGGUUUAAGAGCAAACAGGAGGAAGUGUUGGAUGAUGAGUUUAAUUUGGAUGAUUACAGAAAAUUUUGGAAGAAGAAAUGAGUUUGUUCUGAGGAUCUGUGGAAGUGUAAAGGGAAGAUUUGGCAACCUGGGCCUGCGGAGAAGGAGACUAUAACUUACUGUUAUAAAAAGAAAGAAUCUGUACUCAGCUAUAAGCUUUCUCUUCUGUGCAGUUGUUUCAUUUUGUGUGUUUGUUAUUUAGUGUUGGUGAAAGCUACUGGACUGACAGUUUUGGAGCCUGCAGUCUCUGUUUAUCCACUACUCCAAUACACUAUGGGCACUGGUAGUGCAAGA